CGACAACGGUCAAAGAUUUUCGUUCAACGAUCAACAGAUAUUAAAACACACGGUGGUAUACUGAACUAUUACGGUUGCUGUCUACCGCCCCACGUUUACCACCUACCCCUCUUACAUUCACUCUCUCUAUUACCCUUCCAAGGAAUCUACCGGCUCCAGGCCACAUUUCACAUCACCGGACACCCAUUGUACCUACAACUUCUGCCAAUCAUCCUAAUUCAGCUAUUUCUGAUAGCCAAAUCCUUGUUUUUAUACCCAAACCCACCGUUACUUUUAAUACCAUGACCCUCUCACAGAUGAACGAUGCCAGAACACACGCCGAGAGCGAUGCUCAUGCACACAGCGAUUCCACCGAUAUAAAUACUAUAAAAACCAACACAAGCGCUAAAGCCUAUGAGUGGCGCAAUGACAGUGACACCUACGCUUAUGGCCACCAUGGGGAGGUUAUCUACGACUCAGAGUACCUCUUUCCGUUCCCCAACCCUGCCGCAGGCUCACCGCUUCUCCGGUUCGAGCCCACCAAGGCGGACCAGCUUGCAGUGGCCAACAUUACCGCGCUCGUGGCGCAGCUCACGUCUCCAAACUCUGUUGACUAUGACUUUUUGUACGACUUCUUCCUCACGUACCGCAUGUUCGUUACGCCAACAAAACUCCUCGACUUGCUUAUGGCGCGGCUUGUGUGGGCGCUCCAGUACCACGCGCGCGGGCGCGACACGUACGCACGCGACCACAACCCGCAGUACGAGACGCUCGGUGCGCUUGUGCUCGUGCGCACGUUCGUCGUGUUGCGACACUGGAUCAUCAACUUUUUCCGGCAGGACUUUGGGAGCAACUACGCGCUCCAGGAGCAGUUUGUGGAGCGAUUGAACGACGUGAUCGCGCGCUCUGGAUUGCUCGUGAGUGACCUUGCGCGUCGCGUCAUCACCGAUUUGCGCGCGCACUGGCUCAAGCUCGUAGACGAGUCCCCUGAAACCACCUUCGACGAAGAACACACGCCGCAGUUGCUCCCAUCUGCUCUCAACUCAUCCACAAACAAAAUAGGUUCCACCUUGUUCAACUACCGCAUUCCCGAGGACAUCCCUGGCGUGACCCACCGCCACGAAGAGGACGUUGAUGAUGGCAAAACGACUGCUGAUGUCGUUCCGAGCCUCGCGCUUGCCAGAAUCAUGCAAUUAAAGAAUCAGAAAUCCACCCCGAGCCUCUUGCAUUCGUUUCCCGCGGAGGAUACGGCCUCCGACCCUGGUCGCUCGUUCUAUAUUAACCCGGAUAACAACAAACCAGUGUUUAUGAAGGAGUUUAAUAUUCGUUCAGAUGAGUCUUUAGAUGAGCCAAGGCCCCCGAAAACCCACAAGGCCCUGAACUCCGUCUCCACAACCUCCUCCAACGCUACAAUCACUUCCCGCGACAAGGGCACGAUCCUCAAUCCGCGCGACAACUCGGUCGGGCUCCGCAGGACCGUCAAGGUGCAGUUGAGCGAGCCAUACGCGCCAACACAAGGCGUGAUUCGUCUCAGCAUGCCGCUUCUCCGCGGUGAGACGACCAUCUCCCCCUAUCCCGGGGAUAAGCGGUUCUUCGACGAGCAGCGGGAACCGCUUUCGCGUGGCUUCACCACCAACGGCGCGUUGAAUAUCAUGUCCUUGAGCUCGCUCAGCUACGAUGAGACCGCCGUGGUUCCCAAGACACCCGCAAAGAAGAUGUUUCUUCGGUUUCCGAGCGAGGACAGGGCCAUCGAGUCGCCGAAAGAAUUCAGGCCCCCAAAGGCUGAGGACUGGAAAAAGAUCUUCAAGGCCCCGCCUUUGCUUGAUGGCGGCCCCCAGUUGAGUCUGCGGAGCCGCAAAAGCUCGUUUUCGUCGUUGCUCGAUUCGUCUGCGAAUGGGUUGAACCGCUUGUCGUCGCUCAGAUUGAAGCGCAAGCCGUCCAGUCUUCCGUUAUCCCCGCCAGGCUCCGUCCACGACAAUGACAAAACUGAGGAGCAUUCUCCUUUGAUAGACACCAGUCUGGUUUCUGAGGAUAAGGUGGACUGUUUGAGCAAGAUGUCUGUGAUGGAGUUGCACCAAAUCGCGGAGUUCUUCCAGGCGAAUUUAUCGAAGUUCGACUAUCAAGGUCUCGGGAUUCUCGGGAUCAAUAACCAGGGCGACGUGGUGAUGAAUCAAGGAGAGACCCUUGUGGGUGAGAGUUUCACUGCCUCCGCGCUUCUUCUCCGUCGGUCGCGGGCCAAGUUGAUGAGCACUAUGCUUUCUGACCCGAACGAAGGAACGGGUGAGGCGGAUGCUUCGUUUGGCGCCCUAAGUGCUGAAGUCAAUGCCUCGAUGCUUGAUGUACCGCGGAUCCGUGCGCGCGCGAACGUAGAGUUGUCCACGGUGGAUAAGGAGGCCGACUUUGACUUUGGCUUCGACUUUGACCGAAAAGAGGUGGUUUCUGGGAGCUUUGUGCGCCAUGACCAGACCGACCACGACGUUCUUGUCGAGGAUUCUGAUGGUGGCGAUACGUCGCAGGAUAUGGGCUCCAUCCGGCCCUAUCGGCCGGGCCACAACUACAGCUCCGAGAUUUUUAAAUCGUCAAAGCUCUUUUCCAACCCCAGCCUCUCGCAGAUUUCCAGCAUCAACAAGCGCAACAGUAUCUUGUCAAAUAGCGACACCAAGAGCUAUAUAAGCUACGACUCCGCAAUCAGCGCGGAUCAGGGCCGAAAGGUAAAUCCGCGGAGUCGAGACUUGGGCGAAGAGAGAGGGCUCCGCUCAUCGACACAGUUCUUUGACGCCCUGUUUGACAUCGAGGAUAUUACAUCGGAUAUACGUCCCCUCAGUAUGGCACAAGGUGACCAUUUCGGUGAAGUGGGUUCUGAGGUCCAGCCGAGCGAAACUAGUCUCGGCGAGGUCAAGCGGGACUCAGUCCGGCCUAGUUAUUCUGAAAAAUUGGGUCCAGGGACCAAGUCCAGCGGCUCUGAAACUAAAAGGGAUUCCGAGUUCAGACUGGGAACCAGGGUCUCCACGCUGACGGCCACCAAGCACAGCUCGUCCAUUUCUAGCAAAUCGUACAUUAGCUACGACUCGGACCUCUCAAUCAACGUCAGUGAUGCCAACUACGUAAAUGUCACGUUUCAGAACGACCUUUUGCGGAAGAAGCAUGGGUUUGCUAACCUCCAGGGGUCGGACCUCAGCCCGCGGCUCCAGAACCUCGACACAAUUUUCGGUGAGAUGGAAUCCCCGCAGAGCGACGCUCCGCUGGGUAACUCUAGGGCAACCAUUUCCGAGGGAAAGAAGUACAACCUUUCCGUCUCGUCGUACGACUCCAUCUUUGACGACCUCAGGGAGAAAAACCACACGUCAGGAAACAGCACUGACGCCAGCCGUGACGGAAGCAACCCCGGGGUGGUAGACUUGGUAUCGCCAAACCUUGCUGGGCCGGCCCUGCGAUCCAGCCGGGUAUCGAGAACCCCCGACGGCUCCAUUCUGUUGAUUCGCAAUACCCAGAUGGACUCCCUGGACUCUGUCUUUCGCUCAGAUACUCCACCGCUCAGCAUGCUUGACUCCAACAAAUCGGCCGCCAUUCCUGGCUUGGACUCCAAGAUGUUGCGUGAGUUGGCUAGUAUCCCAGAUACCGAGGUGGAUGAGAACGAGGAUGCCCUCACGAAUGCCUUGUUGAUGUUGGAGGGGCGGUUCAGUCCGCAUUUUCUGCAGCCAAGUGCGCUUCCGUCUAAUUCCAGUACUCUCAAGGACUUUAGACAGCUCUUGCAUUCACCGUUGAACCCGGGGGUGGAGGCCGAGGAACACCCACAGACAGACAGGGGGGAAUCAUGCGACGAGAAGGAGUCACAGGAGAGUGCUCAUGAUGAGGGAUACCUCCAGGAGCUCAUUGAGGGCGACAAGGUGAUGUACCGGUUGUCGAAGAUGUUGGGGACGGGGAUUUUUGACGAGCAGGGUCCGCUGAACGUUUCUAUGCGGAUGAAUAAUGUCAAACAGGUGUCGAAGUUUGUGUUUGAGCGGUACAACCAGGUUAUCUCGCCCGCAAUUGAGCUGUAUCUCCCGGUGGAGGACUUGAUGCAGGGGAACAGCCAUUGUCCGUUCAUUGUUCACUACUCGUCGCUAGACGUGGCGGUGCACUUGACAUACAUCGAACGCGACUUGGUGCUCGACAUCGACUGGAAGGAGUUGAUUGAGUUGAAGUGGAAUCAGAACAUGAAGCCGUACAACUCGUGGUUGGAGUUGAUCUUGGACUACACGGAUGUACGGGGCGUGGAGCUUGUGAUCUCGCGUUUCAACCUCCAGGUGAACUGGGUCAUUUCCGAGGUACUUUUGUGCAAGGAUCCGUCCUUCCGUUGUGACAUCAUCUCGCGCUUCAUACAUGUGGCACAGCACUGCAAAGAGAUGCAAAACUUCAAUUCGUUGGUGCAGAUCAUUUUGGCAUUGACCAACGCCCAGAUCAGCGGGUUGAAGGAAACGUGGCGAGUGUUGGACCCGGGCGACAUCUUGAUGUUCAAGAACUUGGAGGCCCUCACGAUGCCGCACAAGAACUUCCAGCGGCUCCGCAGUGCUAUGGAUAAUAUAAAGCCAUCCAAGGGGUGCAUCCCCUUCCUUGGCUUGUACAUGUCUGACUUGACCUUCAACGCUGAGCGUCCAGUUUUUGUCAAGCCCAAGGCUCAUGGGACCGGCGAAGACACCACCGUGGUGCUGGACACGACGAUCGACACUAUCAGCGAGGUGGAUGCGAAGUUGAUCAACUUUGGCCGCUUCCGCACCUCCGUCUCCAUCGUCAAGUCGCUCAGCCAGUGUAUUGACUGGUCGAACUUGUAUGACUUGACCGUGCAUCGCGAGCUCUUGAGCAAGUGUUUAUACAUUCGCAGCUUGACCGACGACCAGAUGUCGGUCGCCAGGAAGUAUUUGAUUGAUGCGUAAGGUGAAUUUAUUGUGAAUUUAAUGUUGCAGGUAAAUCAUAAAAGUAAACAAUUUUGCAACGUGAAAUAGAACUAGAGGGUGGUGUUUACCGUUGGUUAUUAAUAAAAACCGGGACGAGUUUCUAGGCUUUUUGAUAAAUUGGCA